GAUUGGUCAGAGCGCUGAGCGAGUUGGGGUGCAGGGGGAAUUCCCCGGGUCCUCGGAAUCCCCGGACCGGCCGCUGCAGCUACGAAGACUCUGGAUGGGCCGGGGGGGCCCGGGACAGGAGGGCUCUGCGUAGGCCAUGGCGGCCCCAGCGGGGCCCGUGAAGCCUGGGGACAGCGGGCUCGCGGACGAGUGGUGCGACAGCGGGCUCGGGUCUCUGGGGCCCGAUGGGCUCGGGACCCCAGCGGACGGACCGAGGGACGGGGUGCACGAAGACGAGGACGAGGACGAGGAGCCGGCGAGCUGGGCGCCCGAGGUGUUCGGCUACGUGACGGAGGACGGGGACACGGCCUUGCAUUUGGCAGUGAUUCACCAGCAUGAAGCCUUCCUCGAUUUCUUGCUUCAUUUCACGGCAGGGACUGAGUACCUGGAUCUCCAGAAUGACCUGGGCCAGACGGCUCUGCACAUAGCAGCCAUCCUAGGGGAGGCAGACCUAACUCGGAAGCUGCGGGCCGCGGGGGCCGGGCUCUGUGUGGCUGAGCGAGGGGGACACACGCCCCUGCACCUGGCCUGCCGGGCUGGGGCUCAUGCCUGUGCCCGAGCCCUCUUGGGGCCCCCUGAGGGUCAGACAGCCCAGGAAGAAGAAGAGGAGGAGGAGGAGAAGGAAAAGGAGGAGCAGCAGCAGCAGCAGCAGUGUGAGAGAGUCGAGCAGCUGGAGUGUACGAACUACCAGGGCCACACUCCUCUCCACGUGGCUGUGAUCCACGGAGACACAGAGAUGGUUCAGCUGCUCUGGGAAGCAGGGGCUGAUCUCAACAAACCAGAGCCCACAUGUGGGCGGAGUCCCCUCCACCUGGCUGUGGAGGCAGAGGCAGCUGGGGUCCUGGAGCUGCUCUUGGAUGGCGGUGCAGACCCCAAGGCCCAAAUGUAUGGAGGCCGUACCCCACUGGGGAGUGCCAUGCUGCGGUCAGACCCCCUCCUGGCCUGUCUCCUGCGUGCUCAUGGAGCCCCAGAGCCUGAGUCUGAGGAUGAGGAAGACUACAGCCCCAAAGGCAGUGACAGUGAUGAAGGUGGCGAGUAUGAUGACAUCGUGGUCCACGGAAGGCGAAGCUGAAACUGGAGGCACAUCUUCCUCACCCGCUGUCUCUAGCCAAUUUCUUUGCUUUUUGUUUGUUUUUGUUUUUGUAGAAAAACCUUAAUUUCAAUAAAACCCUGGUUCCCCUGG